AUGAUGAUAGCAACAAGAAGACAAAGUUUACAAUUAACGAAAAGAUACAUUUCAAAUCAUGCCACCAAAAACAAAAGAUUUAUACAAACCAUCCCAAUAUCGACCAACACUGGCUCUAAUUCAUUCUUGUCAAAAUUGCAUCAAUCUGAAGAUAAUGAUGUACCAACUUCCAAAUGGGCCAGACAUACUUUAAGUUUCCCUAAAACCGAAACAUCAAACACCACUCCACAACCACCAGUAAGAAAAUCAAGAACAUCACGUUUUGCCAAUAAAUCAACAUCAACUAACGACAUCAAACAAUUCAACUCCACAACUCCAACUUCACAAUCAAAUAUAAUUGAAAUAACAUCAGACCCUGAAAUUCAAAAAGCAUCAAAUAAAAUAACAUCAACAUCUGCAUCAGUGCCGACCGAAAUAAAAUCUGCGGCUACUCCAUCAGUGACGCCUAAAAAGAAAAGAGUGUUGAGACCAAGAAAAGCUUUGAUUACAUUAACUUCAAGUGCCGUACAACAUCUCCAAGGAUUAUUAGAUCAACCGGAUCCAAAAUUGAUUCGUAUAGGAGUGAGAAACAGAGGUUGCUCAGGAUUGACUUAUAAUCUUGAAUAUGUCGACAAACCAGGUAAAUUUGAUGAAUUGGUGGAACAAGAUGGGGUCAAGGUAUUAAUAGAUUCAAAAGCAUUAUUUUCAAUUGUUGGUUCUGAAAUGGAUUGGUUAGAUGAUAAAUUAAGUUCGAGAUUUAUAUUUAAAAAUCCAAAUUCAAAAGGAACUUGUGGAUGUGGUGAAUCAUUCAUGGUAUAA